GAAAAUUCCAGAAUGUUCAGCAAGCUGCCCUCAGACCAGAAUAACAUUUUAAAGCUAGAGAUUUAUUCAAAAGGAGAAAAGGCAACAUGGUGUCAAGGGCAAUUUUUCUUGAAAGCAUUUUAUCCUUUAUUUCACUCUUCUUGGUGAUUCCCAAUGUUCAAACUACCCCUUUACUGCCUGUUGCUUCUGAAGAGAGACAGACUAGCAUUCUAGAGGAAAUCAAACAGAGGUUGGAAGAGCAAAAGUUGCUGCAGGAAAGGAGACAAGAACAAAUCAGAAGCUUACAGAAACAGAUAAAAUUUCUGGAAGCAGAGAUUAGAUCUGAAAGUUCUGCUAGCUCUGAAGAAAGGACCAAUCAAGACUCAGAAGAAUUCCCUGAGCACAGGUUGGAUUACUUGGAAGUGAUAACCAAGCACCAAUUGCCAACCACUUGUGAUCACUUGAAGAGACUGGGACACAAGACUUCUGGUCACUAUGAAAUAGAUCCUGAUGGUCUCCAUGGAUCACAUGAUCCUGUAUUAGUGUACUGUGACUUGGAAAAAGGGUUAACAGUGAUUGACCAUAAUCAGGAGCAGCCUGUAAUCCACUCAUGCAACCAUUUUGGCUGCACUUCAGCAAGCAUCCCUUAUCAGGCACCUCUUGGUCAAAUGACAUCUCUGAUGCAGCUGUCAAGCCAUUGCAGCCAGCACCUGAAUGUCCCACAAGACAAAGAUUCUUCUGGUUAUUGGGAAGAUCAAGAAGGCACAAAAGAACCAUUUUCACCUGCUGAAACUCUGGAUGGUAGCACAAGGAAGAGGAUACCACUGCACAUGCUGCCCAUCAAUGUCCUUUAUGUCAACCACACUUCUGAUGGAGUCAACCAUUUGAGGGACCACCAAGUUGGACCUUUGAUUUGCAGAGGGAAGAGGUCAAUAAUUGGCAGAGGGCUCAAGUCAGAAGAGAAAAGCAGCAGUUUUGCUGGGCAGACCAACAGCAGCAAUCAAUCCAAAGAAGCUCCUCUGCCAGAGUAUAACAGUUGCCUAAGUCUGUACCAGAAUGGAGUCAGAGAUCCUGGUUACCAUUGGAUCAAGACCAAGGGGGGCAUUUUCAGACUAGUCUUCUGUGAUAUGCGCUUCAUCUUGAUGGACUCUCCUGAGGGGACAUUGUCACAAGUGACUGUUGGACCAAGAGCUGCUACAAUGCCAGUGCACUUCCAUGCCAUCAGACAGCACACUUUCAAUUCCAUUGAAAAAAUGAUUCCCUAUGACAAUUUCUACACACAGGACCCAAAUUUUGACCUGAAAGUUGGCUGGUUUCUGGCCCCUGUGGAUGGAUACUAUAGGUUUUAUUUUCAAACUAUCAACAUUGGGACAACAUUUGCUCAUGGUUCAGAGGCAUACCUGGUGAGGAACUACAAUGCCAUCAAUGGUGCCAUUACCACUACACAGCCUUGGGCAGUUGGAGUAACACAGGCAGUGAUGCACUUGAAGGCCAAUGACAAGGUCUACAUGCGCCACUUCCAUGGAGGAAUUUUCUCUAAUCAACAUGCUUUAACUUUCUUUACUGGGUCUUUGCUUGAUCCUGUUUGAAGACUUGUUUUCAUGACUACAGUACAUGCAUUGAUUUCUCUCAUGAAAAUAUCACCCAAAAUGUACAGAAUCUGACAUGGCUGCUGCCUUGAUUAAUUUUGCGACCAGAAAAAGUAUAAUAUGCCCUCAAAUGCAUUUUGAAAGCUUUUCAACUUAUCAGAAAUGCACAGCAGAAUAAGAGCAACUAACCCUGACAUUGCUGGAAAAAUAUAUCUGCAUACUUCGAAAUUCCAUGAUCCAUUAUUGUAAAUCUAUUUUCUUUUGUUGAAAUUUGCAGAAUUAGCCUUCAAAGAAGCAAUGACUGAAAAUAUGCAAUGUUCAAGAGCUUUUGAAUAAAUCCAACACUGUCCAAAAAUCACAAAGCAAUGAGAAAAAAAUGUCAUUUAUUCAUGUUAUUCAAUUCAUGACAGAAAAAAAAUCCCAACUCUACACACUGAAAUAGCCCCCCAAAUAUGAAGACUGUAAACACCGGAUCAAAUCUUAAAUAACUCCUCAGCAAGUUUUUCCUCCCUUUUCUUGACUAUAAACAACUCACUGCUGCUGGACACUCAUCAGAAUAAAGAGACAAAAAAUGAUGAUGAAAAUGAAUGAA